AUGGCCUCCAACACCAACACCAACAACCCGUCCAAGGUGCCUGCCGAGCAACUCGCUCUCGCGCGGGAAUCAUGCCGGCCCAAUCUGGUCAAGCAGCUCAUGAACGAGAACAAGCUGGCUCACUCGUUUGGCAUCAGAAUCGCUUUCAGCACUGAGAUGCCCCUUGUCGCGAAGAGGGCUGGGUACAGCGCCAUCCUGAUGAACCUGGAGCACAUGGCCAUGAGCAUCGAGACGAUGAAGGACGUGGCAGUAUCAGCUCUCAAUGUCGGCAUUACGCCGAUGGUCGUCGUUCCUACGUGUGCACCAGAAUGGAUCUCGCGAUGCCUGGAUUCGGGGGCAAUGGCGGUGAUCGUGCCCCAUGUGAACAACGUUGAACAAGCAAAGAUGUGUGUGAAUGCAUCGAAGUUCCCUCCCCUCGGCCACCGAUCCGUCACAAUGGUGACAGCGCUCACGCAAUACACGAUAUCCCUCUCGUACGCGGCUAUCGGUGAAGUCGUGAACGAUGAGGUGAUGAUCAUGCCCAUGAUAGAGACGCAAGAAGGCGUGGAUAAUGUUGAGGCAAUCGCUGCUGUUCCGGGUAUUGACGCCCUGUUGGUCGGCUGUGCAGAUCUAUGUAUGGAACUGGGGAUUCCAGGGCAAUACGACUCUGAGCUUUUCCAAUCUACCGUUGCUCGCAUCGCUGGCGCCGCCGAGAAAGCCAGCAAAGACGGACGUAAAGUCUUUGUGGGUUUGGGCGGACUUGAACCGAGACCGGAUUUGCUGGAAGAGCUCGCAAAGCGCCAUCCGUCUAUUCGCUUCGCCAUGGCAGGCCGAGAUCUAGCUCUGCUGCUGGCUGGGAUGUCCAAGCAAGCCGCAGCUAUGAACGACAUAUCAAAGAGGCUUCAGGAGGGACUUGAAACCACCAGCUCAAGAUGA